AUGAAAGUACAUUCCCCGCGUGGUCUUCCAUUUCUAUUAAGCCCCGAUGAUGCUAUUGCACGAAUUCGUGGAAAGUACAAUAGUCGAUGGUUUGGUGCUGCCCAAGAGUUUCUCUAUCUUCAUCCUCCAUCUGCAGAGUUUCUUCCAUUCUACUAUUGUCAAGGGAACAUUAAGGGAUCCUUUAGAGGGAUUGUAAGCUAUAGUACGACAACGCAGGAUUCGAAAGGUAAUUUGCAAAGUGGAUCGAGUCAAACAACAACUAUGCCACAACCCAUUAAUAGUAUUUUUGAACCUAAUCGAACCCAAAUAUAUGCAGGUUAUAAAUAUAAUAUUCAUCAUGUUCAUAAGGCACUUCGUAAUGAGGAAAAUCCUUUACAUCUUCGUCCUAUGAAUUUGGUAGAUACAUCAAAUGCUACUAUUAAUCUUUUUGAACAAUCUACCACAACAUUAAAUGUUUUCGUUAAAGAAGAAGUUACUCGACAAGCGGAAGAAACAGCAAGAGCUCUUAUUCGUUCUUAUCACCCUUCAGCUUCUACUAUUAGUGUAGAAUUUAAUAAGUUAAAAAUUCAAUUAGAACAUGUAAUUCCUGUUUUUGUUCCAUGUUAUGUUGUAAAGGCAGAAUAUGAUACUCAGAUGUAUACUUUAUAUGUUAGUGGUAUUAAUGGAAAUGUAAGUGGACCAUUUCUCAUUAACACUCUUUAUGUUGGUCGACUUGCGGCUGUAAGCUCUGUAGCCCUUUGUUUAUUGUUAUCAUCCUCUAUAGGAACUGGUUUGAUUGCAGGUUCCUUACUUUCUGUGCCGGUUUAUUAUGCUGCUUUUUAUGCAGCGAAGAAAUUUCCCUCUUGGCGUCGUGAUUACUCUCGAUUACAGCGAGAGAAAUUACGAUUAAUGCAUGAGAAUAAAGAUAAAAGUGGAUUCCGACCAAGUGUAGAUUCCCAACGUAUUCAAGAAGAAUAUCAACGUUCCUCUUACUGGGAUACACAUGCAUAUCAAACCCGAAAAGAAUUUCGAGAUACUCCUUCUGAUCCCCGUGGUUAUUACAAGAUAUUAGGAUUAACAGGUAAAGAGUCUGUAAAUGAGAUUCGUUCGGCUUAUCGAAAACUGGUGUUAACAGAACAUCCAGAUGCUGGAGGAUCCACAGAGCGAAUGGUGAAGUUAAGUGAGGCUUAUCGUGUACUUCGAGAUCCAAAACAACGGGAGGCAUAUGAUAGGAAUGGAUGA